UAAAGACGAGUCGAAUAUGAAACGAGUAUUUCUCAGAUCGUCCGAUUUCAUUAACAUAACAACCAUAGUUAUGAUUACUUUGCACUUAGUAGACGAAGGAAAAAAGCAGCCCGAAACACAACCGAAUAAGGAAUAACAAAGCUCGGUCCGAACCGCACAACCGUUGCCCCUGUCCCCUGACUAGCUAUCUGCUACUAGCACAACUGAGGCUGAGGAAUAGAAGAACAAAGAAAGAAGGCGGGGAAAAUGCAGAGCGCGUACACCUCUUGGGUGCCCCUAGUUUCUCCCUCUCCACCUCUUAAACUUCCUAUUACGAAGGUCAAGCUAGCGACAGUCCAGAGAAAUUCAAAUUACGCCCGUGAUAGAGAUGACGGCGACGGUGGCGGUACUAACACCAGCGGUGAUUCACCGACGGUGGAGAAUUUCACACUUCCAGCCCAUGUCAAAUCCAUAACGAGCACUUCAAACCCAUUUGUCAGGCACUGCGUCAAGCUCAGCCGCAGCUCUCCUUACCGCCACUCCCAUGGCUCGACUCUCGUCGUGGGCACUACCCCUAUCAGGGAGAUUUCCAAGUUCCAAGAAUCCCUGCCGGAAAGGACCACCCAUGUGGAUUAUCUGUUUCUUCUAGAUAAUGUCGAUGUCCCAGCUGGCCUUGAAAGUUCUUCCCCUGCUCGGACUCUGCGAGUGAGCUCUUUGGUCAUGAAGAAGCUCUCACAAGUGCAAUCUACCGAAUCCAUUGAAGCUAUUGCCUUGAUGAGAUUCCCCACCAGCUACUUUGUUGCGGUUGAUGGCCCAACUGCUGUUGAUUGCAGCAAGUGGUUCCCAUCUCCCCAUCGAAUUCUCGUCCUUGAAGGGAUCCAGGAUCCAGGCAAUCUAGGCACAUUACUCAGAUCAGCAGUGGCUUUCAAAUGGGGCGGAGUUUUCCUGCUUCCUGGGUGUUGUGAUCCAUUCAACGGCAAAGCACUCCGAGCUAGCCGGGGAGCUUCCUUCCAAGUUCCUAUAGUGUCUGGCGCCUGGCAUCACCUUCAAGCCCUGAUAAAUGAAUUCGACAUGAGAUUGCUAGCCGGCCACCCUGAUAUCAUUGAUGGAUCAAGAUCGGUAUCUCGUUUAUCUCCAGGACUUGCUGAUUCCCUAUCUGAUACUCCGCUGUGCUUGGUUUUGGGCAACGAGGCACAAGGCCUUACGGAGGAAUCUCAAAGAGCAUGCGAGCUCGUGAGCAUACCAAUGGCUAGAGACUUCGAGUCCCUCAACGUUGCAGUUGCAGGGGGCAUAUUCCUCUACAUGCUGCAACCACAUCUAUAAUGUAUAACAUAAUGGGAGUGUGUAAUUCAUGAAAGUUUGCUACUUUGCUAGUCAAUCCGAUUGUUUAUUCGGUUAGAAGUGUUACAUAUGGAUAUGGGACCUUUCUCCUCCCUUUGAAUAUCGAACAGACAAAUGAAGUUCCAUGGUGCCGUAAGAAUACAACAGAAACACAAAAAUUGCAGAUUAUUUUAACCUUCUAAUAAUUACCCAAGAAGUAG